CUUCGGCUGUACAGCAUGAGGUUCUGCCCCUAUGCGAUUCGAGCUCUGCUGAUUCUGAAAGCCAAGUCGAUCGAUCAUGAAGUGGUCAACAUCAACAUGAAGGACAGGCCGGAAUGGUCCAAGGACGUGCUCCCUGUCGGUACCGUACCCGUGCUUUCUCAAGACGAGAAGCUCAUCAGUGGAUCCAUGCCCAUAGUUGAGUACCUGGAGGAGGCGUAUCCGCAGACGAAACCCAUGAUGCCCACAGACCCGUACCUGAAGGCGCUGGACAGGAGCUUCUUAGAAGUUGCAUCACCCGCGCUCGAGGCGUUGGUCUUCAUCCUGUUGAGGAAAGGGUCCGUCGAAGAGAACUGGGCCAACUUUCUCAGGAAGAUACCACUGUUCGAGAAGGAGCUCGUCAGCAGGAACACUCCCUUUCUCGGUGGUCCAAUGCCGGGCUUUGUGGACUACGUCGUGUGGCCAACUUUCGAAACCGCCCGUGCACUGAGCGCAGCUCAAGCCACGCUCAACAUGCCCAGCUCCGAGUGUUUCCCGCGCUUUUCGAGUUGGUUCCAGAGGAUGCGCGAGGACGCGGUCGUGAGAGCCGUCAUAAACGAGCAUCACACCGUGCUUUUCGUGCAGUCGUACGAUGGCGGUCACAGGGACUUCAACGCCGGCUUGCACUAAUGUACUUGAGAGUGAGCGUAACGAAAUGUUUUUGUAAUUUAUUACGGAAAAAAACUCCGGGUCUCGAGACGUAUCUUAAUCUACUUUCUUCUUUGAAGGUAUACAAAGCAUGUCUGCUAUCAAUAUCUAAAUGUACUCUUCGGGCAUCUCGUAUCUGUAUCAUGACACUCUUCUGCAAUGCGAACAUCACUGUCUGCAUUUCCGAUACGUCGUGCGUAAUACCAGGUUUGCCAACAUACGACCUACACCUACGGCGAAAUUCAUGACUACACUGUGGAGGCUCUUUUUUUUUCUUUUUUUUUGCGUACACUAGAGUUAUAUUGUUUCUUUUCUCAUGAAGGCCGUCAUCAAGUUAUCGCUUCACAUUUACCUUUGCUCCAGAAAGAAAGAGGUGCCAUGUUGGCUUUUGCAAUCUCUUCUCGGCUGCUUGCAGGAAACAGAACAGAUGGCGAUAACGGACUCAAAAUUAAGCGAAUAGUGUUGCGUACUGGAAUACAAAGUGCACCCA